AUGGAGUCCGGUUACGGAACAACGAAUUACAACAAUGCAGAUGGAAAAUACAGCUUCAAUUUCAGCGAGCAAUCGAUUCGCGCGGCUUUCGUUCGUAAAGUGUUCAUGUUAGUCACAAUAAUGUUCGCCGUGACAGCAGGAUUAUGUGUCAUUCCGAUGGUUUCCUACGACUUUCGAAUCUGGGUCUACAACCAUUUUUGGGUCUAUUUGAUUUCGAUAUUUGUCUUCCUUGGAGUUUCCAUCGCGCUCGCAUGUUGUUCGAAUCUUCGUCGACAAUUUCCGACCAACAUUAUCCUGCUUGUCAUUUUUACCAUUUCGGCUGCUGUAAUGACAAUGUUCAUCACUGCAUGCUAUAAUGUGCAAUCGGUGCUCAUCACCUUGUGCAUCACCACUGUGUGCAGUGCCAGUAUUAUUAUUUUCUCGUUAAAAACGAAACAUGAUUUGACAAGCAAAAUGGGAAUUGCCUUUAUUUUGAGCAUGGUUUUGAUGACGUUUGGAUUGUUUGCAAUCCUUUUCACAUUGGCGUUCCGCUGGGAAUUCCUUUAUUCGAUCUACGCUGGUCUCGCCGCGCUUCUCAUGAUGUUCUACUUGGCAAUCGAUAUUCAAUUGUUGAUGGGAGGUCGAAAAUACGAAUUAUCACCGGAGGACUACAUUUUCGCUGCGAUGGAAAUAUUCUUGGACAUUUUGAAUAUUUUCCUCAUGCUUCUCAAUAUUUUCGGAAAAUCCCGCUAA